UGCUAUGCCAGUUGUCUCGGUCCUGGAGCUCACGUGCGAGGUGCGAGGGACUACCAGGUAUUCUUCUAGAGUUUCACACACAGGCAACCUUCAGCCCACCACUCCGCUCUCCUCUUUCAUUCUUCGCACAUACAGGUACAACUCUCGUUCCGCCUUCCUGUUCCUGUCUACACCCUCGCAACACCGACUCACACCACCGCCCGCUCUUCUCCGUGUUGCCCAUCGCUCUCCCUCUGCUCGCUUGACUCUGUCCAGGUACAGGUACGAGGAAAGAGCGGUGCUCCUCGAGAAUCAACGACACAUCACAACCCGGAAGCCACCUCCCCACGCCGCCACCAGCAGCACCCUCCCCCACCACCAGUACCACCAGUACCACCACCACUACCACCAGAGAAAACCGCGCCUCACAUCAGACACCUCUGCCGACGACCGAGCACUUGCGCAUGACAUCGUGAAGAUAGCGGCGGCCCCAGGUCGCGAGCCGACCUACUCUACAACCCUUGCGACUCGCAGAGCUGUCACCGAACAGCAACCGCAACACAUCUACCACCAUGCGCCCUCUACGCCUCCUCCUCACGCUCAUAUCAUGCAUCAUCGCCUUCUUCUUACUCGUCUUCAUUGGACCUUGGCACAACGACGACGACGGUGCAGAGGAUGAGCGUGGGGCCCUGCGCACAUACUUCAACUGGCGGACGCCCUCCAGCUUGUUCCCUCCCAGCGCCAUCAUCAGCCUGACCGAUGACAACUCCACCAACUUCAUGGCCAGACCUGCUGCGUUUGGUCCGCUGCUCCCGGUCAAGAGCUUGAGCGGGCAGCUCUGGAUUGGCAGUGGCUUCGGCAAUGAUCAUUUAGGCCAAGGCGGCUCUGGCGUAGCCGCUGGAGGAGAGCUCGGCUGCAGUGACGUGCCGGGUUGGGAAGACGUCGGCAGCUGGACGAGCACGAAGAAGCCCGCCAGCGAUGGCAAGACUCCUGUAACAGACGGCCAGGGGCCACUAGCAGGCCACACGAAACGAGACUAUCUUCCUGCGCAUGAUGAGGAUGAGGAGACACCACACGAGGAGUCGCCCUCCGAAGAUGACGGCACGGACGACCAUUUGCACCAUCCCCUGCCCGCGUCCGAUGGCAUCCACGGAAAUGGCAACUCCGCUGGUAGUACUAAGAAACCUACUCAUGCCGACAUUCAGUCACUACAGGAGAGCGCCGAGAUAGCGGGCAAAGUGGUCCUGCUCAGCCGCGGUGGCUGUGGUUUCUUGGAGAAGGUCAAAUGGGUGCAGAGAAGAGGCGGUAUCGCGCUAAUUGUGGGAGACGAUCAGCGAGGGGGUCAGCUGGUGACUAUGUAUGCGCGAGGAGACACAUCCAACGUCACAAUACCCUCACUCUUCACAUCGCACACCACGGCCCAGCUUCUGUCCAGCUUGAUGCCGGCUGGCGGCAAUACCAUCGUCGAAUCGAAGAAGCUCGCCACUCCUGGUGGCAGACUUGGCCAGAAAUCCUCCAACAGCAAGGACUCAGAGGACAGGCCCAGCUUCACCACGACUACUGCUACGAAGAGCAAGCCUACCUUUGCGGCGAACGCGAAGAAGGCCGAUCAAGCGGAAGCGAAGCUGAGCAGGCAGCAUGCGGGAGAGGAGGCGCAGAGACAUCACGCCGGCUGGUUCGCCUCGAUUUUUGGCAGUGGCGCUGACGAUGCUGACAGCAGACGUCCUCCUAGCAGUGGCAAGCCUGGCUGGAUCCUGCAGAAGGAAUUUGACGAAGAUGAUGCGGAGCACAAACAAGCUCCUCCUCGAAAGCACACAGUUACCGCGCCCUCUCACAAAUUACCAGCCAACAAGCAACUGCAUGAUUCAGACGAUGGCUUCGUCAUCGGAGUGCAGGAUUGGCGAGACCCUGAUUUGGUAGCCGAGCAGAGAGAGCAGCAUCAUCAUCAACACGACGGCACCUCCACCUCCACCUCCACCACUACCGCCACCUCGGCCACUGAUCCCAAGACCACUCCUGUUAUUGAAUCAUCCCUCAAGGGCGGCAGCAUCACACCUGGUAGUGGUGAAUAUGGCAAAGCCCUUCAUGAAGCACUUGACCUGGGCGAUUCGAGGAAGCCAGAUCCGAAGCAGGACGCGGCGGCAUUGCGCAUUGACGCAGAAGACGCAUCUCGAAGCUGGAUCAGUCGGUUGUUCAGUUCAAGUGAAGAACCUGACGCCCUACCAGAGGCUAUGAUGCCAUUCAAGGAUUUGCCCAAACAUCAAGACCAAGGAAUACAGCACACCAAGACUGACACGCCGCAUCGCAAGCCUCAGCUUGCGAAUGCCGGCGGCGCAUCGCAUCAUGACGGCCUGUGGGUGACCUUGUCGCAAACUUCCAUGUCAGCGUCGCCUUUCUUUGACACAUUACUGGUGUUGGUCGUAUCACCACUGGUCACACUGACUGUAGUCUACGCCCUUCUUUUACUUCGUUCACGGAUACGGCGACGCCGGUGGCGCGCACCAAAAUCUGUCGUCGAGCGCCUGCCCGUACGUACAUAUCAGACUAUGCCCAGCAGCACUGCCUCGACCACUUCAAUUUCCUCACAAGCGAGUGUUACCACACCACUGCUGCCAACCUCGCGGCCCAUUGGCACCAGGUCAAGACCUCGAGCACGUACGGCGUCGGAGCUACCACACGGCAGCACCUCCGUCCGUUCGGAUGACAUGGCAUCGCCCUCACUAGAGCAAGUCGAGGAGAAGCGUGCGGCUGGCCUAGCAGAAUGGCGAAGACGCUAUGGCGGCAAACAACGGGAAUGUGUCGUCUGCUUGGAAGAGUACGUGGAUGGCGUCAGCAGAGUCAUGAGUCUACCUUGCGGCCACGAGUUCCACGCCGAGUGCAUUACGCCCUGGCUCACGACUCGUCGUCGCACAUGUCCCAUCUGCAAAGGUGACGUUGUACGGUCUCUCGCUCGAUCCCAUGGCUCAUCAUCAUCAUCGUCAUCGUCAUCAACUACGCCCCCACAUCAAGAGCAUCACGAACCUUAUCGAGAUGACAAUGAAGACGAAGACGACGACGACGACGACGUGCAUGAACAGGCUCUCACUUUAGUGACUAAUGAUGAUUCGGCCUCACCACAGCCUGUGAGUAGGGAAGAUGAGGCUUUUGAGGACUUGGAAAGAGGUUUGCCGGAUAGGAAUCGGUGAGCAUCUAUGACACGACAGUACAGCUUGGCAUGUGACGAAUAAUGAAUGAUCACAAGCGUGUCCUGUUACUGCUCUGAUGGGAAAAUGAUGAGGCCAUGCGAGUUUUUUACGCUUCUGUCUUGCAUGGGUUUGGGUUGGUCUUUGUGUGAUACCCCUUGCUUGUGUGCUGGUUGUUCGAGGGAAAAUAUUGUUACAACAUACGCGCUUCGCCGGGUCCUGACAAUCUGAUGGUUUGCGCAUGGCGGGCCAUGCCCAUCGCCUUCCCCUGUGUGGUGCCUCUGCCGCCUGCGGGCAUGGGACGACAACGUGACGGUUGGCGUUCAAACGGCCCCCUCCAUCUCCCUCUGCAUACUCAGAUCAUUUAUAUUGAUCGAAGUCCGUUAACAGCAGCUGAGUCGAAACCAGAGCCAGGUCGUAACCGGUCUCCAUUCUUCAAUGUAUUCGGAAGUAUAUGUAAGUGCUGACUGGAGACGUCUUCUCCGUCUUGACCAGCACGUGAGUGAGGUUGGACCACACCACACACCACCUUACCUCUGUCUUGGGCUAAAGGCACCUGAUCUGUGCUGCAUGCGCCAGACGUUGUGGUACUCCAGAGGACAUAGCUCGAGCUGCGGUCAUGCACUAG